ACUUCAAUCGCACACGACACCCUCAAACAGCCACGAGAAAGCUUACUGCAGUCAAUUUCGCCGAGUAUAUCAGCAUUUCCACAACAACCCCUGACGGCAUCACAACGCCAUUACCAAAAGAAGGACACGAACCCCUCAAUCGAUCGAACGCAAAUUACCCCUCUCCAAAGCCACAAAAUCUAAGCUCGUCACCACCUUCCCCACACAUCAACCAUGAAGAUCCUCACGAAAGAAGAGGAAGAGGCACACUACAAUGCCACUCUGAAAGGCGGUAUCAAAGGCGGGCUUAUCGGUCUAGCCUUGGGUGGAGCAGCAACCUACGGCGCACACCUCCGCUUCUCCACCUUCCGCGCCCUCACCCUCCCCAUGAAAGCCUUCCUCGUCAGCUCCACCGGCACAUUCAUCUCCAUCAUCGCCGCCGACCGGGCCUCGCGGAACUACGAAAGCGCGCGGGAUCCCCAGCGACAAUACCGAGACCGGGCUACUUUGGACCAAGAGAGCAUCCGCGCCUCAGAAACCUACUUCCAGCGGGCCAAGGACUGGGGAAGAGAGAACCGAUACCCUAUCGUUACAGCGUCAUGGGUGGCGUCCAUGGGAAUUGCGUUGGGACUGGUAGGACGGAAUCCGUAUCUGAGCAGAGCGCAGAAGUUGGUGCAGGCUAGGGUUUACGCCCAGGGGUUGACGCUUGCGGUACUGGUGGCGACGGCGGCGUUCGAGGUCGGCGAUGCGAGUAAGGGGAAGGGCAGGUGGGAGACGGUCAUGGUGCUCGAUCCAAAUGAUCCGGAGCAUAAGCAUUUGAUUGAGAAGAAGAUCCAUCAUGAGGCCUAUGAGGGGGAGGAUUUGUGGAGGGAUAUGGUAGCAGCUGAAGAGCGAAAGAUUGCAGCUCGCAAGUCUGCGGUUAAGAAACAAGAAGCUGCGGACACCAAGAAGGCACCAGCUCCUGAGGAGAAGUAAAUUUAAGAGCCGGAAACGCAGAGCACGAGGAUGGAAGAGCAUAAUAGCGCUUGGGGAGAUCAAGAUUGAAGUUUGAUGAAAAGGAUGGGAGUGAUGUAUGCAUAAAAAAAACUGUGGGUAUUGGGGGCUGCAUUGCAUUUGGCGCGUUGUUUUUAGGGCUGGCCUUUUUCGUUUCUUGCCUGUAUUUGGAGAGAGGUAGAAGAC